CAAUAAUGAAAAUCAUCUAUUUUGAUAUUAAAUAUUGUUUUGGACACACUGUGUUUAAUCAUAAAAUGAUUCGACAUUCGACAUAUGAUUUCACAAAUUCACAAAUUUUAACUUUUUCCGAAGCAAUUCGAUAUUGGCUAUUAAAUUUAAUUGUCUUUCAAGAAGUUUAAUUAUUACUUUCAGAGCGAAUCACUUUUAAACCGUAAGUAGAUAAUUAUAUUAUAUUGUCAUAUAUCACAUGUACUUGUACGAAUUUUUUUAAGGAAAAUAUGUUGUCAUUCAACUUCUUACAAAAAUUGAAUGCUACUAGAGUGGCUGGCCAAUUCAUUCGCCGAAAUAUAUCAGCCUCAUCGGUAUUGAUGGCCAACGUUUCGGAUCCUAUUCAACAGCUAUUCUUAGAUAAAAUUCGGGAAUAUAAAGGAAAAUUUGACACUAAGUCAUUUGACCCUUCAAUUGAUAAAGGUUACAAGAACGAUUUAGAAAAAAUUGGCAAACAAUUUAACAUUGGCGCAAAUGAAGACCCUACCAAAUUCCCAGCAAUUAAAUUCCAAGAAACAAAAAUUGAUCCCCAAGUUUGAAGAAUUUACAUUUUCUGUGUUUUACUAAUAUAAGUAGUAAUGUAAUUACGCAAGUAUAGAAUUAAGAAAUAACAGAUUAAUAAACAUUGAUUUAUAAAGUUCAUUAUUGUUUAAUGAUUUGAAAUAGAAAUAUAUUUACAGUUUAUAUUUAUAUUUUAUUAUUAAGUCUUGUUAUAUAUUGAAGAUCAUGUUAAGUAUUUCAUUAUCCAAUAGGAUUAUAUGCUCCACGUAAGGUCAAAUAUCCAGUUAUAAUAUCACUAGGUAGGCUCCUUACAGUACUAAAUUCUUCGUGUCCAGCAUAAUACAAAGACGUCUGUGGAUCUUUAUAUUUGGCCUUAAUAAAGAGAGAGAAAAAGUUAUAAACAUGUUUUUAAAAUUAGUUUUAAAUGUUAUUCUUACAAUUAAUCCACUGAUAUCAGAAUAUUUUUUUGCUGGUUUGAAUGAAGGUGGGGCAGAAAUAGAGCUAUCUGUAAUCAUAAAUACCAAAUAAAAUAUGCUAAAUUAUUUAGUAAUUCAGAUUUAUUUACAAUAAAUAGAAUUUUCCUCCCAUGGUAAUAUUCUUUCUUGUGCUAUUAAUUGUUUUAAAGAUCGCCAGAUUCUUUUUUUGCCAUUGGAAGUUUUGGUGCUCUGUAAAUUAAAAACUAAUUAUUAUUUAAGUUUCUGUAUUUUAGAAUUACUUCUCAAAAUUAAAAAUAAUUUUUUUAGUCUCAUAAUCUAAGUCAUUGUAAUUUUAGCUAAAUAAAAAUAGGACAUCUUGUCCACUACUAAUCGCUGAUAUUUUAAAAUAUCAAAAAUAUAACAAGUUCAUAUUAAUAUUCAAUAAUGUAAUUUUAAAUCCAGAUUAUAUUUACGUCGAAGGUAGGGUCUUUAAACACAUGCUUCUUAUCUUCUCUGUGAGUAAUUUCUUCUAUAGAAUUAUUUGCCAUGAAUUUAAUUUAAGUUCAUAAAUUUUAGAAUUUGUGCGCGUAGUAUUCAACCUAUCUAAUAAAAAAUAAAAAAGUAUUAUAUUUAAAAAUCAUACAGGUAAAUUAAUUAAAUAAAAUUUAAUUUAACAUGUAUUUCUUGUUUUUAAAAAAGUAAAAUUACAAAAUAUUUCCCAUUAUUAAUAAUGAAAUGGAGAGAUUUAUGAUCCAGGAGUUAAAGUUAUAAAUUACCUAUAAUAGGACAAAUUAACUGUUAUAGAUUUACAUAAGUAAAUAUUUAAUAAAUAUAUAUUAUGGCCUUUACUUAUAAGUAGUAACUAAUACUUAAAAAAAAAAAUUCAAACUAAAUUAAACUAGUAAAAAGCUAAUUCUUUCUAUUUAUAUAUAUAUAUAUAUAUUUGUACCGCUACCAUUUGUUGAUUUCUAUACGCCUACCUUUUAAUAGUUUUUUUUUUUUUUAAUACACUUAUUUAUUGUUACUAUAAUUUAAACCAUAGCCCUAUAAAUAAAGAAAUUUUAAUAAAUAUCAAGUUAAUGGUUUGUAAUAGAUAUUAAAUAAACUAUAAAGUUAUAGACUUAGCAUAAAAUUAUAUAAAUAGAGUUAGAUAUUGUUUAGAUUUGUGUUACCAUUUAUAAAUUUAUUGGAGGGAAUUAUACUCUUAGUUCCCCAAAAUGCAUCACUGAUAAAUUUAUGUAGGUAAGUAUUACAAAUAUGUAAUAGUUUAAUCCAUGGUUUUUAUAUUCUUUUUUACUGCUCUCAAUAUUUAUCUUUGUUUUUAUUAAGAAAUGCACAAUUCUAUAUUAAAUUUUAUUUCCAGGUAAGAUUAUAACUUUUACAUAAAAUUAUAUAUUAUUUUUUUUGAGAGAUAAUUAAUUAUUUUAACAUGAAUCAGUAAUUUUUAUUAGUUGAAGGUAUUUUAAAAUCUUGAGUCAAUGAUUUCUAUUUUUAUUUGUAUAAGGUAGCUUUGUGUAUAUACAUAAUAUAUUUAUUUUAAAUCUAAAUAUAAAUAUAGUUGUAAAAUAUUAAAUAUACCGAUUUAUCAAAGAUAAUUCGCAGUUUUGAACCUUCUAUUUGGACUGUAUAUAAAAAUUAUAUAAUGAUAAAAUAUUUUAUAAUUUUGAUAUAACAAGGCCUAAGCAGUUAUUAAAUUUGUAUUAUUUUAUUGAUAAUAAAUUUAAUUGUUGAGGCCCAAUAUUAUUGGCUAAAUCUGUUUGUCAGCGAUUCUCAACCCGUGGUACACGAAAAGUUUGUAGGUGGUAUGCGAACAAAUUUUUUGACAAAUGAAAAAAAAAAUAAAUUAGUUAUAAUGUCCAUGUAAAUCAUAAAUAAUAAUAAAAAUAAUAACUGUACUUUUGUCUAUUAAAUGCUUAUAAUUAUGUAGAUUUAAUAAUAAAAAGUUCCAUACAUGUAAAAUGACUUACACAAUUUUUGUUUUAAUCAAUAAGUAAAAAAAAAAAAAUAAUUGUGGCAAGUGGUAUGUGAAAAAUUUUAAAAUGUGUAAAUGGUACCCGGAUAUGAAGGUUUAGAAUCGCUAGUUUAGGUGAUAUAUAAUGAAACAGUAUUAGGUAGGUAACAGAAUAAAAUAAUUUUUCUAUUAAGUACACUUUUUAUUUAAAUUUAAAAUUAUUAUAAGACAUAAAUAAUAAACCAUCAAUUCAAUAUUAAUUUUAAAUACAUCAACAUUUUUAGAAUAUUUAAUAUUUACGUUAGUAAUCUAAAAUUUAUGUAGAUACCCAUUUACAUUUUACCGUAUUGCAAAUUUCGGGAAAAAAUUAAAUUAAGUACCUUUGAGAUUAUUUAUAGAUAACAAGUUACUUAAACAAUAUUAUAACAAGUACAAUAAAGUAAUUAUUUUUUAUAAAACAUAAUGUUGGUUUUUUGUAUUAAUUAAAUUCUUGAUAAUAUAAAUAAGUUUUGUGCCUUUUAAACAAAGCUGGUCAAGUUACACAAGUUUAGUAACUUAGUCAAUUUAUGGGUUUUUAAUAAAAAAAAGUAACCAAAUUAAGUUACAUUUAAAAUAAGUUAUGUUUUAUUUUUAAUUAAUAGUAAUUUGCCAAAAAUGUAUAUGUUAUAGCGACUUUUUCAAUACUUUUUUUUACUGAAUUUUAACAUCAAUGUUUUUCAAAUUUUGAAUCUGCGAUGGAUUCUCUUCAGUUAACAAUAAACCCUCAGCAAGAAAUAAUCGUUAAAUAUGGGCGCUGGACGGGAUUAUUGUAUUAAAUUUGAAAAUUCUGAAUUACAAGAUAUUGGUGACAAAAAGAUGAAAAUUUAUAUUUUUUUUAAUUCAUUUAAAAACUAACUCAAUAAGUUAUCUUUACACACGCACAAAACAUUAUUCCUUAAGUUACAAGUUACAUAAAAAUUAAAAGUAACUUACAAGUUGGUAAUCGGUCGAAAAUUCCGGGGACAAAAGAUUUAUUCAGUCUGUUUAGAAAAAAAUUAGACAAAACGACCAAGCACAUUUUUAUUGUUAGACAAAUAAUUAUCUUCUUAUAAAUAUUACUUUUACACACAAUUCUGAUAAAUCCACAUUUAAUAAAUCAAUUAUUAUUUUUCAACUAUAUAUCACAUUAAAAAAAUAUAAAAAAUUGUUAUUUAAUCGAUAUUCAUAUACCUACGAUUUAUCAAAAACUUGUUUUUUACAUUUUAUUCUUACAAGUUAUAGAGUUAGCUACCUAUUGAUUUAUAUAACUUUAUAACUUUUUCGUAACUUUGUUACUAGUUACUGCUCAGCUUUGCAUAUAGACUAUAUAAAUGACAUCUAAUACAGGUAUCAUAGAAAAAGAAAUAUAGCUUAAAUUUACUAAAUAAUUACAUUAUGCUGACAAUUGUUUUGAAAAGUGUUUUUAGUACUUUUUAGUUAACAUAUUUCCAGUAUAUAUAGUUAUAUAUAUAUAUAUAUAUAUAUAAUUUUGUACAAGAUCAGUAAGACGAGUAAUUUAAUAGAAUUGUAAACUUUGAUCUAUAAUGAACCUGUCUAUGACAUCACGACUACAUUGUUUACUGUAUUUCAUAAAAAUGUACUAUUAUCUUAUUUUAGGUAAAAUAAAUAAUAAUCUAAUGAGUUGGCUUUAAAUUUAAUAUGAGAAUAACUUAAAUAGUGACAAUCAAUGUUUGUUGAUUUUAAUAUUUAUUAUGAAUAACUAAAUACAAAUUUUGAAACUGGAAACAAAAGUGAUUAAUUAAAACAAUUUAAAGUGAGUCGUUAGCGCAUUGAUAAUACUAUAUAUAAGUGGAGUAUACAUACUUACUAUAAAAUAUAUUAUUCCAAAACACAUUGUAAUAAUAUUUUAAUUAAUACGAAAUUUGAUUACAAUUAUUUUUUUUAUAACUAUAAAGUAGGUACUUAUUUUGUUU